AUGGAGAAUUUCCAAUUGGGCCGAGCUUACUCGAUUGCUACUCUAGUCAGAUCUUACUAUCCUUCAGAGUUGAAUAGUUAUUUUUCUUCUCGAGGGGAAGGAACAAAGGGACUCGUUCAGUUCUCUGACAUUGGCAAACAGGCUAGAGAUCUCUUGUUCACCGACUACCAACAGGGGUUGAAAGCGAGCCUCAAUUUCGACCCCUAUAGGAUUCGAUUGAGAUCAUCAGUUGAUGCGGGUGGCCUAAGUGGCGGUUUGGUUGCGUCUUUUCCGGACCAAAGCUCUAGCAAGGUUAGCUUGGGUUACGUGCAUCCCAAUGCUAUUGCUAAUUUCACCACAAGCUUCGGUUUGUUCCGUAAUCCUUUGUUUGCUCUCUCUGAAGUAGUUGGGAAUCACCUUUGGUCCCUUGGAUUUGAUGCUUCGUUUGAUGUGACCACCCAAAGCUUCAGAAGCAUGGAUUUUGCUUCAAGUUUGAUUUCUGAUAAAUUUAUAGCUUCUUUCAACAGCUAUAAUAGGGCUGAUCUACUGAAAGUUUAUCUUUACCAAUCGGUCAUGAACUCUGCAUAUGCUGUUGAAUUGUCUCGCCAAAGAUCCACCAACACCAGCAGGAUUAGCAUUGGUUAUGAGCAUAGGUUUGGAUCAGAAGUAUUGGUGAAAUCAAGAGUUGAUAGCAAUGGGACCGUGGCUGCACUAUUUCAGUACAAGUGGAAUCCAGGAACGUUUUACAGCUAUAAUAGGAGGGCUGAUCUGCUGAAAGUUUAUCUUCACCAAUCGGUCAUGAACUCUGCAUAUGCUGUUGAAUUGUCUCGCCAAAGAUCCACCAACACCAAUCAAGACUGA